CUUCAUCAAUAGUUCCUUGAAAAAAUGGUUUGAUAUUUUUCUUGGGAAUCUCGAAUUUAAUCGGUUUUCGAGUUUCGAGAUACGAUUUUCUUGGUAGAAAUGUGCUUUUAUAGAUUUGAGUUUCUCCCUUUUUUGAGAAUUAUAUCUUUCUAUUUUUUUUUUCAAUUUUUUUUAUUUUUAUUAUUUACUGGAAUUAUUAUUGUUCUUUUUGACUUUAAGGGGAGAGUGAUUUCAAAGAGAUGGCUUUUUAUUUUUCAGGAUCUUAAAGGAUAAAGCUUUGGGUGGGGAGAUUCCAAUUUGAAAGAGGAAAAGAUUUUCCGGCAAGCUUUUUAGAGUUUUCUAAGGCUCUGUUGUGCAGCGCUUUCGAAAGGCCUUAAUUUUCACCGUCGAGCUUUAACAAAUGGUUGUGAAAGUAGCAGCUACUGCGCGUUUACAAUGGUCAAAGCCAAUUCUUCUUCAACCUCCAUCUUCCUCUCAAGCUUUAGCUUCAGCAAUCUGUUCACCUUCCCUUCCAAAACGCAGCCGUUGCGAUGACGUUCAUGUUUCGAAAUCCGUUCCAAGACUGAACCGGUCGGCUCUGUUCGGUUCUCACUCCAUCAAUAUCCAACGGUCUCGAUCUUUCGAGUUUCUCAAACCAAGAUCCAGAACUUUAAGAAAAGCUUUCAGCGCUAGUUUAGACGCCUUCUCGGAUGAAGAAUUUUCGAAAAAAAUUGAAGAAUUGGCUCUGAGAUUCCAAUUACCAGACGACAAUGAUGACACCAACAGCAAAAAUAACAGCAAUUCUUUAGAUUCUGAAAGGUCCGAUUCCGAUACAGAAUCUUUGAAAUUCAACGAACAACCAUCAUGGGUAGAGAGAGGCGAAGAAAUAAACCCGUCAAGCAUUGAGCGAAAAGCCAACAGCGUUGAUCUUCCGCUUUCGGUUCGAAUUAUAAAGAGGAAAUUACAAUGGCAAGAAGGGUUUCGAGAAGCAGGGGAAUCGGCUUAUUGUUCAAUUAAAGAGGCGUUUUCUUCAAUGGUUUUUAUAAUCCGCGAGCUUCAUAUUUACACUUUGCAAAUGCGGCAGCUAUUGUUUUAUGAAGAUUUACAAGGGAUUAUUGUUAGAGUUCAAAAAGAGAUGCAUGCUUCGUUCGUUUGGUUGUUUCAACAGGUUUUUUCUCAUACACCGACUUUGAUGGUUUAUGUGAUGAUCUUGUUAGCAAAUUAUUCGGUUCAUUCUAUGGGAAACAACGCUGCUCUGGCAGCGGCAGCGAAUCCGACAGCGGGGUCUUAUGUUUCUGUGGCUGAAGUUCAAGAUCAGAAGCAUCCAAAGUUUGAUUCUUCGUCAAUAAAGUCGUUUUCGGUGUCCUCAUCGGGCGGAAAAACUACUUCGAUUGGCGGAAACAAUGGCGGUGGUGGAAAAGUAAGGCCGGUUGCAAGUGGUACAGACGGUGAUGGAUGGUUUGAUGGAGCAGACCAAUUCAGAACCAUUGUUUCUGAUGGUGUUACCCAGUUAUCAUCUCCAGGAACAACAGCGGAAGCCCAAACAGAGUCAACAUCAGGCCGAGAAACUAUAGAAGAAGAGCUCAGUCUCUGGAACUCAAUUGUUGAUGAAGCUUCAAAAAUGCAAGCUUUAUUUAGAGAUGAAACACUCGCUCAUGAAACAAUUCAGAGAUUUGUUUCGCCUGUGACGGCGAAGAUCGAGUCGGAUGUUGAUUAUGAAGAUUAUUUCAGAACAGAGCUUCUUUACCAAACAGGGUUGUCACAAGAGCCUAACAACCCUCUCCUUCUUGCCAAUUAUGCUCAGUUUCUCUACCUUGUUGCUUAUGAUUAUGACAGAGCGGAAAUGUACUUCAAGAAAGCAAUAGAAGUGGAACCAGCAGAUGCAGAAGCAUACAGUAAAUACGCGAGCUUUUUAUGGAGAGUGAAGAAUGAUUUGUGGGCAGCCGAGGAAACUUUCUUGGAAGCAAUUUCAGCAGAUCCUAGUAACCCUUAUUACGCUGCAAACUAUGCUCAUUUUCUAUGGAAUACUGGUGGAGAGGACACUUGUUUCCCUCUUAGCUCUCCGGACACUGCCCAGGAAGCUUAAACCCUUUAUGGAAAAGAAAGAGAUAAACAUCAGAAACAUAACCCACCAGAGCAAAUCCUAUGGCCGCCAGCCUCUUUUGUCUUUUCCUUCUGAAAUAAGAAAAAUAAAACCCUCAACAAAGUAAAUGGGAGAAAAAAUAAUUUCUUUUUUUAGAAUCUUGUGUUAUUCUUUAAUAGUAUUUCCUUUUAAGUGACUGGUGAGACAACUUCGAGAAGGUUGGGGUAUUUGAGAUGUUUGGAAGCAGUGUUUCACGUGAGGAAUUGGGGGAAAUGCAUCCAAGGUGGCGACAAUGGGAAACUUGUUAAGGACUGUGCUGUGUCCUCUGCAGGAGCAGGAGGGCUGGCAGUCGAGAUCUACGGUUCAUGCCUCCAUGGGGACUUUGGAGUUCUGAGUUGGUUUUCGAACUUGGAGAAUGGGCCAUUGCAGGAGGGAUGAAGCUUUCUUAAGCUUUUUUGCACAGCUGAAAGAACAUUUGUCGCUUUUUGGUUUUCACCAAUCCACAUGAAGAAUUGCAAUCAGUAGUAUUUCUUUUUUGUUAAUAUAAGAACCAUUUUAAAUUUUGUAAUUUUAUUUUAUUUAGAGAUGGCAACCGGUGGGGCACAAUGGAUUUUUAUUCAUCUUAAAUUAUA